AUGUCGUCUUCAAGAUAUCCUCCUCCACCAAGAGAUCGCUCCCCACCUCGAUUCGACCGCAGACCAUCAACUAACUAUACGCCUCCGAGCUCUUCGUACAGAGGCCAAGGAGAACCCGGCUUGCUACCGGCUCAGCGAGACCCUCCUCGAGGUCCGAAGGCUGACUUUCGAGGUGGUGGAGGUGCUUUUCCAUUCAGUUCUACUGCGCGUGGUCGAGGUGGAGGAUUUGCUCCCCGGCCUAAUGAAAACUGGGACAGAGACCGUGAACGGGACCGUGAACGAGAUCGCGAUCGAGACGCACGGCCACCCCCACAGUCCUACCGGGGUCGAGAAGAUGACCGCGCCGAAUGGCCUCGACGUGAUCGUGACUUCGCAACUACCGAUCGCAAUGUCACAUUAGCCAGAGACACUCGACCCUAUGUUGGCAGAGAACGCUCGGCCUCUCCAGUUCGACCCAGAAGAGACUCGCGUGAAUCGAUCCCUUCUACUUUCUCUCGUCCUGCGGAAUCGGCAUCUUCAUACUAUCCUCCCACAGGGCGGGGCGGGCUUGGCCGUGGCAGGGGAAGAGGUGACUGGGAGAGGGGCAGGGGCAGGAGUUCUUUCGUAAGCGAGCGUGAGCGGGACCUGUUCCAUCCACGAAGCCGUUCAAGAGAGAGCUGGCGGGAUCGUGAAUUCGACCGAGGUCGGCCGCCCCCUGGUGACGCUGACCGCUCCGACAGGUAUGAGCGUCGAGACUAUGAGCGAAGCCGAGAGCGUGAAGUCAGAGCUCGAGACUCACGAGACCACGACGUUUGGCCGAGGGAUCAAUCGCCCGCUAGGACAUCUACUGGAAACACGGGCGCCGCUGUUGCCACCCCGUCUGCUUCUGGCAAUGACCGACCUGGGAAACCCGAUCUCGAUACACCCAGACGGUCGUCCCUUGUGGCUACGCCAACCAGCGCCAUCCGCGACAGUCGGCGUGAUGGCGAAGGAGCAGAUUAUUUUGGAAGUUCGAGGCUGGAUCCUUCUCGUCGUGACCAAUCCCAACCCCCACAACAACCCUCUACCAACGUUGGCCUUGACUAUGGCCCCCCGCCGUCCUUGCCACCGUCAAUCACCACCCCCGCUGCGGAAAAGCCGGCCUUACCGAAGCCACAACCUCCCAAGACCGAGCAAGCAACACCUUUGCCAGCCACUUUUCAACCGCCUAGUGGGCCAAAAGCUGGCAGGACAGUGCCCACAGCGAGCCUCACUCAACCCGUGAAGACGCCCCAAAACCAGGACGCCUGGACUCGUACCGAGCCUGUUUCGCGUCCCGUCCGCCCUGGGCUGAUCCCAAGUGCAAGCAAUUUAUCGACAGAAGGGAGCAUAAAGAAAGAGGAGCUCCCCGUCGAAGCCAAACCGCCUGCGGCGCCAGCUACUGACCGCUCUAUGCCUCCAAAUGUUCCUUCCGGCCCACGACUAGGCAAUGUGCCGCCAUUUAAACACAGACUGUCUUCGAGUGAACCAUCAGGCUCUGGUCCACCUCCUAUGGCACCAAGAGAACCUUCUUCAAAACCUUCCGGAUUGGACAAUCGCGCUCCAGCAAUUCCGACAGGCCCUCGUCUUGACCGCGAAGUUUCGAGGACAAUGCCAGGGACAGCCUCCAAGAUAUGGAUCUCCCCGGACUACAAACCAAAGCCUUCCAUUAUGAACGCAAUGAACAAACAGUUCCAGCCUGAAACCCGGGAAAGAGGCUUGAUACCCACAGGCCCAAGGCAGCAGAAUGUGUUCCCUACUCACGCCGACAAGGCUCGGGCACCACAUACAUCUGCAAAUGCGAUCCCAUUUGCACCGUCUGGGCCUAAGGCGCUGAUAGCAACAAGCCCCAAUAUCCAAGACGCCAAAAUGACCAUCUUGCCUCCUAGGCAUCCCGUCGACGAGUUCCAACCCCAAGAAGAUGUGAUAAUGUCGGUUCCUGCAUCCAGUGAGGACGAGGACGAAGCUGAAGAUGAUUCUUUCGAUGAAGAGUACUAUAUUGAAUCUGAAGAGAGGCAUAAGCAGGAGAUGGAAUUGCUUGAAGCUAAGAAACCACCACCUUUAUUACAAGAUGCUGCCAUUGUGGCCCUCCUUGUCAAGCUGCAAUUUCUUGAGAUGAUAUCUCAAGCUCCUGUUCUUAGGCCCGUUUCCAAACCUGUCGAGGUCACAAAAGAGGAGGCUCCUGCUUCUGUUACCGUUGUAACCGGGUUACCGUCCCCAGACCAGAUCCCUCAUGAGACCGAGUCUAAACAGGAAGUGAAGGAAGUGGAAUUACCACAUCCUAAAGGACGACCUCUCAAACAGCCACCAGUGAACCCCAUACCCACUCCUCCCAUCGAAGAUUUGCCGUAUCUGAAGCCGGGACCUAUUGAGCCAGUCGUCUUUGAAGACUCUGACAACGAAGUCGAACAUGAAGCAGUCGCAAUUCUCCUUCAACAAGAAUUUGAGCGCAAUGCUUGGGACUGGAGAUCUGAGCUUGAAGAAAUGCACGCGGAGUUCAAGGCCAGGUAUCCUCUAUGGAAGCAGAAGAUCCAUCGACUGGAACAAGAUAGGCGUGAGCUACAGGCUAGCCCUGCGCCUGCCUCUCCUGCACCAUCAGUGGCACCAUCGGUCACACCUUCGUUAACCCAUGAACGUACCAGAGGCGCGCGAAAUACGACAGAAGCCGAUUUACAAGCCGCAAUUUUAAUGUCUCAGCAGUCCCUCAGAGAAGAAGAAGAACGACGAGAGAGAGAGGCAGCUUCUAGCUCUUUGCCAAACUACGACACGGAGGCUGUCGUACCGCCAAUGCUAAAGCCCGCGGACAUUGAAUUAUCCCAAUUCGAAGAGACGAACCAUCUCAUUCCAAAUGAAUGGGCAUUACAUGCUUUUGCCUACGUCCCUCCCGAGGACGACUUUACGGAAGAGGAGCAAAGCCGUUUCAUCACAGCCUACUGUCAAAAUCCGAAGAAAUGGGGCAAGAUCGCAGAAUCUCUUCCGGGGAGAACGUAUCAAGAGUGCAUCGUUCAUUACUACUUGACGAAGGCCCAGGCUCACUACAAAGACCUCUGGAGACGAUCGCAGCCUAGGAAGCGCGGUCGACGAGGGGCUGCAACUAAACCCCGUUCCACGGCAUUGAUGUCCGAGCUCCUCAAUGGUGAUGAUGCAGAGGCGACACCCGUUGCCGUUACAGAUAGCGGAAGGCCGAGGCGGGCGGCGGCGCCCACAUUUGGAGAUGCCCCCAGCGAAGCUGACUCUUCAACACCCGCCCCACAGUCGAAGAAGCUUACAUCGGCCUUGAAAGAUGGCAAUUCAGACGGCAGUGGAACCAAAACGUCUAGAGGCCGCAAGGCUGGUACUGCUGCUAAAGUGCGCAGGACCAAGGCACAGAUUCAAGCAGAGCAGCAACAGGCUUUACUUUUGAAUGCUGCUGAAGCCUCGCCCGGCAAACCUGCCACCGCUGCUAAGGUUGAAAGAGGGCGUACACUGAUUCGCGCUGAAAAUGUGCCCAUCAGACCCGAUCCUCCCGCCAUCCCGCAAGUGCAGCGACCGGUUGAAGCAGGACUACAGCACUAUCCUAUCUGCGAUGUCCCAAUCGGCCCUCCGGCAGCCCCAGCGUCGACAACAUCGUUGCAAGUGACGAGUUAUUGGUCGGUACCCGAACAGCACAAGUUUCCAGAGCUUCUGGCGUACUUUGGUCGAGACUUUACCGCGAUUGCAGACUUCAUGAAGACCAAAAGCGUGACAAUGAUCAAAAAUUAUUAUUCUCGGCAAAUCAAUGACGGCAAAGAUGAGCUUGAAAAGUUCGCCCGGAUGGGUGAGCAGAUGCGCGAACAGAUGCGCAUCGCCGGAAAGGUCGCAAUUCCACCUCCAAGUCCGAUCGCGGCUCCAAAACGUCGGUACGACACAGCAUUGGCACCCAUCCCUCGUCCAACAACCCAGGGUGAGCAGAACGUUGUAGAUGGUGAGCCGCUAGUUCCAGCAAUCACCCAGAGCGUCAUUGAAGACUUCCCUCGGAACAUUCUCGAACGGACAGCCUCUGGGGACCUUAUUUCCAAGCCCCGCCCAGUCGGACGCGAAACACUUCGUGAGGCCACUUUACCUGCUUCUCUUCCACCCAAGACUGAAGAGCUUCCGAGAUUACCCAGUGACCGUCCUUCUCUCUUUGCCCACAAACCAUUGCAUGGCCCCAAAGCUGGCGUUUUCCAGGAUGAUAUCGGUUUCCAGCCUUCCCGUCAAAAUCUUCGGGCAACGCUUCAGGAGCGGUCGCCCCAAAUACUCACGCAGAGACUUCCGGAUCUGCCUCGCCCUGAAUUAGGUCAACAAGCCCCAAUACCGACAGCCGCUCCAAGCCUUCUUGGCUCGCAAGAGCCUCUCAUUCAAGGACAGCCACGGCCCCAAGCUCCUCCCGCUCCUCCUGUUCAAGGCAUCCAGGCUCAUGUCGAGAAGUAUACACAGCUAAAUGCUUUGCAUCCCAGCCAGAACCAUAACAGUAGCUCGGCAACGCCGAGCCAACCGCCUCUGGAGAGGUCUCAGGAUAUUUCCUCUUUGCGCCACAUGGACGAUCAACGUCCAUUGUAUCGACCUGGUCCGACAGGAUCUCCAGCAUUGACACCAACAUCAAUAUCUGCCUCGCAGCCUGCGCGAGCCGAGAUAUUUCGGCCAGCGCCAGCGCCUCCGCCUGCAGAAGCUCCGAAACCUCCCGCCAAACGCUCGAAUGUUUUUGGUCUUCUCAACGAUGAUCCCCCAGAUCCACCGCCAAAGCGACCGUCUCUGGAGACACCGAAACGAACAUCCAUCCUCUCUCCGCAGAUUAGUGCUCUUCCUCCAGGACAGAAUCUGCUACAGCAACCGCGAAGCCAGCAUCACCCUGAAGAUCCGCUUCUGAAUAGAGCGCCGAGAGGCCCAUAUGGUCCCAGUAGCGGCAGCGUGCUCUCAGCAGGUAGCGGGCAGCAGUCAUCGACUGAGUAUCCGAGUUCGUUUUCUGCAACUACUGCCCCUGGACCCAGCAAUGAAGCAUGGAUGGACCGUUUUGAUCCGCGUCCUCAGGGAGUCCCAAGUGAUCAGCGGAGUCACCACCAUUCGCCUGCCCCGAGUCACUAUUCUGUUGUACCUCCAACUUCCCAGCAGAGUAGCAUUCCUCCGCUCCAUUCGGUGCGAGUGGACGCGACCCGAGGAAUGGAUCGAUCUGGAAUCGACCACCGGCGGACGUUGCUAAGCCCAAUCAAUCAGAUACCACAUGUGCCCUCUCCUCCACCUCAACAGCCGACACAGCUUGUGCCACAAUUGCGUUCAGCUUCCACUUCAUCGCACCAUUCACGGGUACCCUCUGUUGGUUACUCUGCUUCGCAGCCGCCGAGUCAGUCUUCGCUCAGUCACCCGACAAUCCCGCAAAGUCACUCUCACUCGGCAAGCUCAACUCCUGUCUCAAGUCUUCACCGAGCUCAAUCGUCUCUCGAUUUUGCACCACGACUAACCAUCCAACAACACAUGGCUCAGCAAAACCAGCAGAAACAACAGCAAGAGCAGCAGCGUGAACACGAAAGACACAUCCAACGCCAUCGAGAAUUGGAAGCGGCACAACAGCGUGAUCGGGAACGCGAGCGAGAACAGCAGCAGCAGCAGCAGCAACAACAGCAACAGCAACACAUGAGGCGGGACAUGUACGGUAUUGAACAUCAUGCAACGCCUACAGUGUCUCGCCAAAACCAACUGGGGACGGCAGUCAAUCAAAGCCACGUGGCAUUCGCUCAACGUGAGAUUCCACGAACCUAUACACCUCCGCAUUCACAUAGUAAUUCUCACUCUCAUUCUCACUCGCAAUUUCCGGGAUCUAGUCACGGCCCGGGUGGCUUGGGAGCGCCUCAUCCUCUUCAGCAUCCACAUCCGCAUGCACACCAGCAGCAGCAGCAGCAGCAGCAACAACAACAACACCAACAUCAACACCAACAUCAACAUCAGCACCAGCACCAGCACCAGCAUCAAACGGGGCCACUUCCACACCUACAGGCGCAAGGGAGAAGUCAACCGCCGCCUCAUUUGCAUCACCCUCACCCUUCUCAACCGCAAAUCCUCCAUCCAGGACCGACAGGGCAUUUUCGAGCGAUGAGUCAAGGAGAACCGAGACGUGAUGAGAGACGGUGA